AUGCGCCGGGGGGCGGGGCGCUCUCUCUCUCCCUCUCUCUGCGGCGCCGGCUGCCUCCGAGAGCCGCUCCCGGCGGUGUCCGCCCCCACCCCCCCCUUCUCCUCUCCGAGGCCCGGGCUCGCUCUCUCUCUCGGUGGCUCCCCGCUUCCUGUCCGAGGCCGGCGCUCUCUGUGUCGGGGGGGGGGGGGGGGGGGUGAGGGGGGGCCUGCUCGCUCUCAGUCUCCGCUCCCUCUCCCGGCCUCGCGCUCUCUCUCUCUCUCUCUGUGUGUGUGUGUGUGUGCAGGCCCCGCUCGAGCGGGUGGCCGGCCGGGCGCGCUCGCGCUCUCCCUCCGAGUUCAAACCCUACUUUCCGUUACCAGGCUCUGGCCGCCCCCUGCCGCCGAUGGAGCUUUUGACGGGCGCGCGGGAGAUUACCAUGACAAUGGAACGCUGGGCGCCUCGGGAUUCCACAGUGCAGGCGAAUCACACCCCGCCGCCCAUCCCCCCCCUCGCCGCUGCACUCUGAUUGGCCGAGGACCCACGUGGUGCAUGUACGGUCCUUGUUUUGCAAUGACAGUAGUAACAAACAGCACAGCAGCUUGGCAAAUGUCCAUUUUAUUCAUGUAAAAUGUGAUACAGGAAAC